AUGGCAGCCAGACAAACUUCCAGUGUAUACUCAGACACUUUCGACCUUGACGAUCUGCUCUCUAGAAUCUCCAAGCAGACCAGCGAGCAGCGCGAGGCUGCCAUGCGUUCGCUCUAUCAAGAGAUAGGUGAAUUAGAGAAAGACAUCCUAGCCUAUAGACAAGUCUGUUUAACGGCUUGCAAAGCUCUAGACGAGCUUCGCGAGCUGACGACAAGGCUGCGGAUGUUGUUAGCAAAGACAGCUUCCUCAAUGCGCAGCGAUAAGAACAAGUACUUAGCAAACUGUACGGCAUUCUAA